UGGAGCCUUUACUCGGUGCCGGUGCCCUAUCAACCCCACCCUGUGGCCACAGCAGCAUAAAAGCAGCAGGAAGGCCGGAAGGCCAGAACCGCUGGCUCCUGCAGAACCUAGAAGAGGCCACCGCCCUGGGGCAACUCGCUUGAAGGAUCAAGCUUCAGGAUCCCAGGCAGGCUGGUCCAGUCCUGAGGGAAAGGAUGAACUUCACUUCCUCACAAACCAUGGGCAAGAGUUAUCUGCUCACUGGGAUGCUUUGGCCUUGUUCUGAUAACUGGGCGUUCUGAUUCCUCAGGUGCUCAGAGGAGACCAGCAGCACGUCUGGGAGAUCCUCGGGACCACAGGCCCUCAGCUGCACCUUCUCCCCUCCGAAGAUGAUGAGGACGCUACUCAUGUCCUUGAUCAGCUGCCUCGUUGCCAUAAAUGAGGCCAAGCUCAUCAAUCGCUGUGACUUGGCCAGAGUGCUGCACAAGGAGGAUCUGGAUGGGUUUGAGGGCUACUCGCUGAGUGACUGGCUGUGCCUGGCUUUUGUGGAGAGCAACUUCAACCUAUCAAAGGUAAAUGAAAAUGCAGACGGCAGCUUCGACUAUGGCAUCUUCCAGAUCAACAGCCGCUACUGGUGCAAUGAUUACAAGAGUCACUCGGAAAACAUUUGCCACGAGGACUGCAAAGAACUGCUGAGCCCCGAUCUUCUCUCAACCAUCAACUGUGUGAAAAAGAUUGUGUCUGGACCAGGGGGAAUGAAGAACUGGGUGGCAUGGAGGUUGCACUGUGCGGGCCGGCCACUCUCCUACUGGAUGACGGGGUGUCACAAGGAAUGAGACAGGCGUGGAGUCAUUCCAGCGUUCCUCUUCUCGCCUGGGGAUUCUUCAUGCCUUCUUCCUCUUGCCUCCACUUCACGUUACUUUCUUUCCUUCCCUUUUUUAAAAAGGACUGACUGGAGCCCCAGGAAUAAAUGGUUUUCUAGGGCUUUCUCCUUGUACCCAUCCAGGCCCAGGCCCCUGGUUCCUGACUGUCAUUCGCAAACCAAGAGAGGACCACAGUGAAGAAGUUGUUAUAUUUGGGGAAUUGUUAAAGCAUUCCUUGUGCAAAGAAUGUGUUGAUUUAUUCAUUUUUAAUUCCAGAUAUCUUCGAGUACCUAGUAUGGCAGGAGGGUGGUAGGUACUAGAAGAAGGAAGGUAAAUCAUAACUAUUGUUCUUGAGGUGUUCACCAUCUGCCUGGAGAGGCAGAGACAUACACGAAUACUGGCUACAGCGAAUGAGUGGAUACAUACAAUGAAUACAUGGUGCUGAUGUGGAGUUGAACCUGCAAAAUGACAACGCAAAGACAGAAAAGGGGCAGUUGGAGGAAUGUUCUACCCAUGGCUACAAUCGGAACUGCCUGAAUAAAUUGUCCCACCUGGGCCACUGCUGUCCCUACUUCUGAGCCUUAACUACUUCAGCUCUGAAGUGAGAGAUUUGACAUUUGAGUGGUUCCCAGACUUUUGGACUUCACA